GCUUCCCGGGGUCACUUUGUGGCGCGCGCAGUCCGUGCCCACAACAAAGAUGGCGGCCUCGGUGCCGCUCCCACCCUUAGCAGAAAUGUCCUCCCCGCCCUCCUCAGUGGUUCCGCUUGGCUCAUUUGCCCUCGACAAAAAUGGCGCUUGCCGGGCCUGUGACUCACUCUGUCCCUGCCGCACUCCUCGUCAGUGAAGCCAUGGAAGGAGAUGACGCAUCAUUAAACCACCUGUCAGAAGAAAACAGCAUAGUGGACCUACCUUGUGACCUUGCUGAGAAUUUUCUGCCACAACACAACGCCGAGUCCAGUGAUGAGCCUUUUAGUUCUGUGCAAACUUUUGCAUCAUCAAUAUCCACAGGUGAUGAUAGCCAAGAUCCUGAAGAUGGUACUUCUUUGGUUACUAUGGGCUUCUGGACCAAGUUCUGUGAGAAGGCAAAUCCCAGGCACCAUUCAGAUGCAGAGUUUCAGCCCUCCCAGCCUAGUGACAUUCUGUCAUCUUGGACAUCUGAACAUGAAGGCACUAAUGAAGGAGCUAGCAUUAAAAAUUCUCUAAAGAACUUCUAUGAAAAAUGCUGCCAGGUGCAGCCUGGCCGAGGGGAUCCAACAUACAAGGCAGCUUCACAGUGUCUAUCCCAGAAAAUUUCAGAGUUGGCCAACAAGGAUGGGACAAAAUAUGCCUUGCGCAGUCUCCAGAUAGCUCAAAUGGUCUUGAACAGAGAUGACAUCAAGGUCUUUCCAAAUCAUUCCCGUAAUUUUUGUUUCUCAGCCCCUGCUGAUGGGGAAGCCACAAUGAACGAGGGAAAGCAAAUUCCUGGGCUCUCAGACGAUGUCCUCCGAUUCCUCUUAAAACAGGAUGUGAUGAAAUACAGCUCCUGAUGUAUUUGGUUUGGAGCAUAUGAGCAAUUAGGAUGCCAGAAGAGGGUUGUCCUGCAUAGAGAAAGGAUCUAACUCAGGAAGACAUGAAUUAUUUCUGGCUGGACAUAAGGAAGAACUUCUUUACUGUCCGUGCCCCCAAGGUCUGGAAUAGACUGCUGCCGGAGACGGUUCAAGCACCCACUUUGAAUGCCUUCAAGACACAUUUUGAUGUUUAUCUUGCUGGGAUCCUAUGAUCCCUGCUGACUUCCGGGGUUCUUUCCAGCCCAAAUGUCUAUGAAAUCUGUUUGGCUGGGAGUCAGUGUAACACUUUGUUUAAACUGCAAAAUUACUAACCAUAGCUUCUCUCCCUCUCCAGUCAGCAGCCUGUGUAGGACUUCCCUUUAAAUGUUAGGGCCCUCAUCUGUGGUGCUCUAUUUCCAUUGCUGCUGUUAUCCUAACGCUUACCUUGUAGCUAUGGCACCAGAGGACAAACCUUUCUCAGAGCCUGCUGUAAGAUCUCUCCAUACACUGGACAACAAGAGAUGCUCAUAUGGAGCUACAUUAAAGAGUUCCAGUCAUUUCUGUUUGGCUAUUUCUGGAGUUUGCUGCUGUUCAGUAAGUGUUUGAGGGUCAGCUUGAUCAGGUCUUUUACCUCCAACAUUUGGAUACUAAGGGCCAAAUCCUAUUUUACAUAUUAAGUGUCUAAGUGUCACCCUAUUCCACUCUGCUUAAGUCCCUAAAGAAUCGUUAAUACAUCAGCUUUCUUAAUGCCAUCCUUUUAGCCUUAAAGACUAAGACAAAAAACAUGGGGGAGAAGGACCCACUCACCCUCCCACCUUUGGCAUUUAACUGUUUUCAGAGACUCUAGCAGGGUGGAGCUGGGUCACACUUAGGCACCUAAUGGGUGCAGUGGGAUCUGGCUUUAAAUUCUCAGCUUUGCAUCAUUGUUUGCUUCCAGCAACCACAGCUGCUUAGCUUGUGCCUGGAGCAGUGUUGCCCUUAUACUUAUGAUAACAGCUAAAAGUGCCAUUUGUAGGAGCAAGAAAAAUGCUGAUUGAAAAAAUCCAAGCAGAUGUACUUUCAUGAUGUGUGAUAGAUCUGAGUAAAAAACACUUCCAGCUCCCCAGAUGCACAAGAGAUAGGGGAUUGAUUCCCUCCCCCUCCCAAAAUGAACUGCCUGCAAUAGAUUUAAAGAUGGGGAAGCUGGUUGAUGUGUCGGUGAAAGACUCAGGAAAUGGGUCUAGAGGGGUACAUUCCUCAUUAUGUAGGUUCCUAGGGGACAUCUGCCUGCUCCUCUGCUAUGGUGUGCACAUGCCUGCUCCUCUGCUGUGGUGAGAUGCCAGAUGCCCAGGGCUACAGCCAUGAUGAAAAGCAGAGUUAGGACCUUAAAAUGCAUCAGAUCUUCAGCUGGUACAAUUCACUGUAGGCCCACUGACUUCAUUGCAACCACAACAAUUUCUCUAGAUGUCUUUCUGGCCCCCUUGACUUCAAAGAAGCUGGUGGUGACUGACAAGUGUCUUCACCCCAAAUGUUUAACAGGGAGGAGAGAGUUAACAUUCUUUGCUGCACACAACCCAUUCUCAUCGACUGUUCUUUGCCACUGAUAUGUGGAAGACCAAGCAACUGCUUCUGUUGCGUUUUGGCAGACAAGGGGAAAUAGUACUUUUAAACUCUUUUCUCCAUUAUGUUUGUGUUUGUAGGUGUGUGUUUUUUUUGGGUGCAAUGUUAGCAGCUGUUCACCAUUGGUUCCAAUUGUGGUUCAUCUCUUCCUCUGGUCUGCUGCUGCCGUCAUCCUGAAUUCUUUGCCACCCUAGUUUUACUCAGGCAAGAUGUCAACUAGGUACCCAACAGUUACAGAUGUUGGGUUUUGAUUUGCUUUGUUGCAUUUUCGCUAUUUGUCACAUGACUCUGAAAGGUGAUAUGAAGCACAAUUGCCCUAGUGACUGUUUUCAUUCACUGGUUGCAGUCUGCCCACCUGCUGCUUUUACACUCCCUGGACCUUGAUUGUUUUCCUUGGGGAAUUUUUGGGGCCCAGUUCUCUUCUCCUUUGUACUGGUGAAAACCAGGAAUAACUCCUGAGAGAACUUAUGCAGUUAUGUUUUGUAGGUUUGUGGGAGGAAGGGAGAAAAAUAGGACUCCCAGGGUGGAGGGAAUACAGCAUCAGGCCUCCCACUGAAACCUUUGUUGGGAAUGUGCUGCUGUAAUGCAUGGUUUUAGUUUGACCUUUACCUAUGAUGCAGGAUGUAGCACUACCAGACUGAAAAAUCUUUUGAUGUUUGCUUUGCCCUUUGAAAUGUUGGCUGGUCCUGGUUAAACAGAGCUUUCUAUCCUAGCUUCAGACAGAUCAUCAGUCAUUUAAGGCUGUUAUUUAUUCAGUCACUGUUACGUCUUAAAGUUUCUGUUUCUGAAAAUUAUGCUUUAAAUCUGUUUAAAAAGGCAGUUGGAUGAAAUGCUGUAUAUUUAAAAUGAUGCAUGUUUUUGCCUGGCAUGACUAACCUUGUAGAUUUUGCUUUGGUUUUUACUAUUUAUAUAUGCUUGAUUUAUGUACAUUUCUGGAGCAGGUUACUCAGACAGUUUCACUUAUAUCAUUCACCUGCUUCAAUAUCUCGUUCUGAAGGACUGGCAAAUUGCUGGAAUACUUGGAUCACAAAUCCUGCAGGAAAAAGUUUCAAUCCAAAGAAAAAUAAAACAAAUUUGCUAAAUCAGUGAUUCUCAACCUUUUUAGACUCAGGGCACCCUGGAUAGACUUGAGGUGCUCCUUAAAAAGUGCCAGCUCUAAGUUUUUACUCUUAUUGUUUUAUAGUUUAAAAAAAAAAAAAUAGAUCAGUUUUUCAGUUGCAAAAGCCUCAGAAAGACCACAGCUAUGGAUUGCUAUUAGAAAUCUGUGGGUUUUUCUUAUGAAUCAUGUUUGCACACCUAGCAGUGCUAACAUUGUGUGGCACCCCACGGCUCCCUUGAAAGGAUCUCAAGGCACCCUAUGCUGUUGUGGCACCUUGGUUGAGAUCACUGUGCUAAUUUUUGUUUUCUAAUUGCUUCAUAAAAUUAUUAAUUUUGAUUAUGUUAUGUAAAUCAUUUAGAAAACUAAUAUUUCUGAUAGAUUUUCAGAAGGAGUAAGUGCCUAAAAAAAGCACAGAAGCAUAUAGUGGGUUAUUCAGAAGUGCCCAAACAGAUUAGAUCCCUAUCUCCCAUUGAAAUUCAUGUUUGGUGUCCUAAAAUCUUGCCUUGUGAGCUUAAAAAUCUCUCAUACUCCUGCUUUAAAAUGCAGUGUUUUGUAUAUGGAAAAACACUUGCUAUCAAGAGGAGUUUACAUCACUAGGAUUUUUUAGUUCAGUCAUUUUUAUUAAGCUUAAACAAGAAUGCUUUGCAGAGAAUAAACACAUCAUUCUUUCCCCACUUGGUGCUAAUUAAUUUUUUACUAACCUAUUCUGGAACCUACUGUAUGCACUUCCACCUCUGCUGAAAGCCAGAUCAUAUGCAUUACUCAUUUCCUGAUAAACAUCUAUUCUUUGCUCCUUCAAGAAACUGAGAAACAAAUGCAUCAUUCCUUUUUGUUCAGGGAUUUAAGCAAAACUCCCUAACUGCUUUGCACAUUUUUUUUACUUAAAAGAAAUGGAAUCCUGUCUGGCCUUUCACAAAGCUGGAAAGAAGAAAUUGCAGUAAUAAAUAUUAUCGCUUGUGAGCAAUGGCACAUAUGUCAGCGUUUGAAUUUCACAAGCUGAUUUGCAAGUAUAACUAGGAUGGGUUAUGUUGAAUGGACCAAGUGGUUUCUUUUAUAUCCUUGUAGUUACUGUAUUAAAAUCUUCUGGGGUUUUUAUUUGUUUGA